UAAAAAAACAUUUUCUGUACUGUACCUCCAAAAUGUCACCUCAAGAAGAUAAGAAAAUCAGCCUCAUUUUAAGUUUGGUGGACAUAUAUAUUGGAGACACUCCAUUAAAGAGCAUAGAGGAGGCUUCCUGCUGGGUGACUGUGGAGCAGAGUCCGUUCGUCCUCGGCCUCACCAGUGUGAACGGAGAGCUGCUGCUGGACGAGUGCGUUCAAGUCACAGAGGGCACGAAGACCAGGGAGAGACACCUCUUCCUCUUCCACGAUGCCAUUGUCUUUGCCAAACUCAAGUCGACUGCCAGCUACCGUCUGAAGCACAGAGUGAGCCUCGAAGACAUCUGGCUUUACGGUUUUGAGGAUGAAGUGGAGGAUGAAGAGGAAACGACGGGGGAUAUUGACCUCAGGGUGACCGUCAUAUUGGCCUGGAAUCUCACAUUUUGUUUGGUGUGUUUUCGCUCUCCUGAGGUGAAAGAACGCUGGUUAGAUACUCUUCACAGAAGAAUUAAAGACGCAAAAGCGAGCGCUGGUUGUGCUUCUUUACCUCCAGACGUCCUCAUGAAGGUGUUGAGUGGCAGCAUCGCAACCAAAACUCUAACAGGAGGCGGUAUGGAACAAUUCAUCGAACUUGAUGGUAAUGCAAACAUCUCUGCUCAGUCCAAGCUGUCCAAUCACCAAGAGGACAAGCAGACGCAGCCCACUGAAACCAGGUGGAAGGAGGUGGUGAAGAAGCUGAAAAAGGGCUCCAGUUUCAUCAACAAAGUAAGCCGAUCAACUCAGCUGUUUGGACAGCCCCUCGGCAAGAUAUGCCCGGAUGACUGCUCACUUCCUAAACCAGUCACAGAGAUACUGGUGUUGCUGAGGAAGAAAGGUCCGUCCACGGAGGGAGUGUUUCGGAAACCAUGCAACAGCAAGAACAUGAGGGACAUCAGAGACCAGCUCAAUUUCGGCCAGGAGGUUGACAUGGAGGGCCAGUCUGUCUUCCUGCUGGUCGGGCUGCUCAAAAGUUUUCUGAAGGAACUUCCUGGCAGCCUGCUGGUAUCUGAAUUUUAUGACAAGUGGAUGAAGGCUCUUGAUAAUGAAGACACCCAGCAGAAAUAUCUGGAAAUCGGAAAGGUGGUAGACAUGCUCCCAGGGCCCAACAAACUCCUCCUGCAGCAUCUAGUUUGCGUCCUCCAUCAUAUCCUUGACAAUGCAGAGACCAACAAGAUGGACGCCUACAACUUGGCGGUGUGUAUCGCCCCCACACUGCUGCAGCUGAACGGCACCCCGUUGGAUGAGCAGAAGGAAAAGACACAGAAGGUCACAGACCUAACCCAGUUCUUGAUUGAGCAUUUUGAGAUACUUGGAGAUAAUAUCCCAAAUCUCCUGGAUACUGAUGAAGACUCACUGUCCUCCCAGCAUCAUGACUCUGCAUAUGACAGCACAGACCCAGAUGGAGAUGGAGAGGCAGGAGAGAGUACUAGCUGCAUCCGCAGAGAGUGUAGCUCAUCUUCUUCCCUUAUUCCAAGCACCUCCUCUUGGACAUCUGAUGCUAACUUAAACACAAAGCCUGAAUUCAACCGUCGCUGCUCUGAGCCCAUCAUCUUCCUCUCACCUGAUCUUGAGAGCCUGUGCUGCCAUGCCAGGAGCCAUGAUGACUGCUCCAUGGAGAGGCGGGACUUUGAGGAGCAACCUUUGAAAAAGCAGAUCUCAGAUGACUCCAUCUUGCACAGAGGACGAGGUAGAGCAAGGUCAGGACUGUCUUUUCAAAAACUGAGCAGCAGCUGCAACAUGGAUCCACCGAUCUACACUGCUAAUCAAGUCAAGGACUGCUCAUGCUCUUCCCUGGAGAGCACCGCCUCCAACCAAUCGGAGGGCUCUGUUUUCACCAGUUCCCCAGUGGGGACGCCACCAUGCUCCAGGAAAUCAGACCCCGCCAACCAGACCGCAGUGGGUGCAAAAGCUCAGCAGGACUUUGCCAGGCCAAAUUCAGAUGAAAAGAGGCGCUCACAGUCCAUGAGAGUUCCCAAUAAGGUCCUCAUGAGGACCAGGAGCUUAGGAGCCUUCAGCAGGAGCAGCGUGAAGAAAGACUCCCAGAAGGAGAACUCUUUCCCUUGUGAAACGCUCCAAGAGGACUCUCAGAGUGAAGCAGACUCUCCAGCUGAGCCCCUGCAGAGGUCUCGCCCUCUGUCAGCCAUCGAGGUGUUCAAGCAGGUGGACAGCAAGCUGCCCUGCAGGCCUCCGCCAUACAGACAGGCGGUGCAGAAUGCGUGUCCUCCUCCAGAGUAUAAAUCAAUGACUGUGCAAGAUGCCAUAGAGCUAAAGAGAAGGUCCCGCCCGUCCUCUGUAAAUUAUGACUACAAAGACUAUUGGGCUGGGAUACAAGACAAAGCCAAUGCUGUCGAGCGGCCUUUCCGCCAGAGAGCCAUGUCUGAGUCUGUGUCCACAGGCCAUCAUGAGGUGGUGUCACGGAGAUGUAGCCAGCCUGUGUUUGAGGAGUUUUCUUACACCAAGGAGUCUUAUGUUUGAUUGACUUUUGAACAGUUUCACAGAUUGGAGUUUUAGUUAUACAACCAUUUCUUGAAGGCAGAAAAAAAAAAUCAAGAGUGAAAUCUCAGAGGGCAAAGACAAAGAACAAGUUCUCAGACUGAUCAGGCGGAGGUUUGUCCACAUGUUGGUGUCCUUGACCAAGACACUGACACUUGCAUGGCAGCUCUGAUCUGUGAAAUGGUGAAUAAGAGGCAAAUUGGAAAGCGCUUUGUCCAUUAAGUUAGAAAAGAGCUCUAUAAAUACAGUCCAUUUACCUGUCAUUCUUAUUUCUACUUUCAUUCAUUCAGGGUCAUGAAAUAAUUAUAAGUCUGUGUUCAUAAUUACAGCUACUUCCUCCCCUAUGGCUUAUUUUUCAGUGUUCUUUGGUUGGUUAGAUGGAGAAACUGUGUUUUUUGUGCUCUGGCCAGUGAGAUUCAACAUGUUGAAUGGUAGAGAAAUUCUUGUAUAUAAAGUCCAAUCAGUUCACUUUUCACUUUGAAUGAAUGUCAGCUAUGUGCUGCCUCCUGGUUGCACUUUCUUAGUAGUACUAUUUAGAGUACAAAUUUAAAAGAUAUGUGACUAAUAUGAUAGAUGUUUAGUCUAUCACAAUGAAGCUAUGAAAGCACAGUUUGCUGUGGAUAAUAUAUGCUAUGGGUGCUGAUCUGUUGUAUAAGUGUUAUAGAAAUGAUGAUAUGUACAGUAUAGUAUGUUGAGCACACGCACACACAUGUUUUUUGCUUUUUGUAAAUCUUCUUCACUUUGCAUGGUCUUCUUCUUCCACUACAUUAAAGCACUUUCCUGAUGAUGA